AUGGCAGCUUUCUCCUGCCAUUUGACGUCAAAGUGUACAAUUAUUUUCGUGCCGGCAAGCCGACAAAAUCAAAGUCCAGAAAUAAAUUUUUUAAUCCAAAAAACAAAAAACGGAACAAAACGCAAUGUCCAAUCGUCAAAAAUCUCCGCGCAUCGGAGAACAGGCUGCUCUGGACGAGGCUCGUGACGCGGGAAGUGCCAGUGACACGGAUGACUGGCAGAAGAUAGGCAGAGGAAAGUUGAAGGAAAAGAGGACAGCCGGAAUGCGGCAGCAGAAGCCCCGCGUGACGAGGCGGAUCUUGCAUCGCCGACUUGCUGCCUACUCGUUUGUCGAGAAGCUGUAUCUGGCCACCAACAGCCGCCUCAUUGACUUCCUCAAUUGGUCGAAGAAGGGCAAGCGCCUGCUGCUCGACUAUGUGGCGCUGCAGGAGCAUUUGAUGGGAUCCCAGUCCCUGUUCCGUUGCCACAGCGUCCUCCAGUUCACGGAGCAGCUGUUGAGCCACGGCUUUCUGCGUGUGCUGGACCACGACCUGCAGGAUCUGCCCAAGGGCUCUAUAGUCUUGGUCUUCCAGCAUCCCAACUUCGUAAUGGGUGUGCCGAAAAAGAUCCGCCACAUAAGAGAACUGCAACUGCAGGAGAAAAAGGAGACACCCACACCCACACCCACACUGCAACAGAAGCAGCAGCAGAAGGACCUCUGCGUCUCCUUCAGCUCCUAUCUGUCGCCCCUGCAGAUGGCACGCUGCCGCCUCCGCAUGGAGCUGAGCUACCAUGCCGACGUGGCCCUGCUCCACGAACACGCCAAUGCCUCCAACAGGCCGGUGGCCAAGCGCGGGGGCCGGCCGGCCGCCAUCCUGGAGACCACCUUGCAGCAGCAGCUGGUGGCCAAGAGGGACAAGAUCGUGAAUCCGUACAAGUCGGUGACCAAGAUACUCACCAAGCAGGUGCCCUCGUUUGCCGGCUACUACGGCAACGUGCCGCCCCCGAAGCUGCAGGACUUCUUCCAGGAGUACAUGCCCCGCUACGGCAUCAAGAUCAGCGGCUACAAGCAGAUCGUGAUCGACGGCCACAACAAGUCGGGCGACUUCAUCCAGAACCUACCCAUUGGUGUGGACUACUCCGACGAGGAGAACGAUGCUGCCGCAGAUGCCAAGAAGGAUGCCUUUGACAUCGAGGAGGUCAUGAAGCUGCUGUGCGACGACGAUGGCGAUGGCGACGGCCACGGCAGCGGCAGCACAUCCAAGCCCAAGGAGAAGCCCGAACCGAUCAAGUCCAACAAAAGCUCGAAAUUGAACGCGUUCCUGGAGUCUAGCUCCAGUUCCAGUUCCAGCGAAGACGAAGACGAAGACUGGGAGCUGUUUCUGAACGAGAAGAACGGCACCUACAAGUUUGUAAAGAAAACCAAGAAGGAAAACAAGCUGCCCCAAGGGAUAACGGCACAGAAAACUACAAAGAAUCGUCUGCAGGGAGACGAACCAUUGCCCAAGAAGUCCAAGAAGGAGGCCGAUGUCGAGCUCCUCCCCUACGAUAACGAAUCCGUGCAGAAGAAUGCCAGCGAGGAGGACGAGCUGAUGGACUUUGCCGUCGACGACGACGACGACGACGACGACGCCGACGCCGACGACGACGACGACGACGACGAUGAGGAGAACGAUGCUGUCGCAGAUGCCAAGAAGGAUGCCUUUGAUCUCGAGGAGGUCAUGAAUCAGCUGUGCGACGACAAUGGCGAUGGCGACGGCCACGGCAGCGGCAGCACAUCCAAGCCCAAGGAGAAGCCCGAACCGAUGAAGACCAACAAAAGCUCGAAAUUGAAAGCGCUCCUGGAGUCUAGCUUCAGUUCCAGUUCCAGCGAAGACGAAGACGAGGACGAAGACCAAAGAACUUCACCGUCGUGGGAGCUGUUUCUGAACGAGAAGAACGGCACCUACAAGUUUGUAAAGAAAACCAUGAAGGAAAACAAGCUGCCCCAAGGGAUAACGGCACAGAAAACGACAAAGAAUCGUCUGCAGGGAGACGAACCAUUGCCCAAGAAGUCCAAGAAGGAGGCCGAUGUCGAACUCCUCCCCUACGAUAACGAGGAAUCAGGGCAGGAGAUCUUGAUGAGCGAGGGGGACGAGCUGAUGGACUUUGCCUUCGACGACGACGACACCGACGACGACGACGAUGUGUGCAUCGACUAGAAGGUGCUACGCCGCACAGCCACACAGUCGGCAGCCAAGCGCCGCAGUUACGAUUUCCGCACAUCCAAGCUCACCCUCCAAAAGGAAUAAGUUUUUGUUUAUAAUAUGAUGUAAAGAAGAAUAAAACGGAAACCAGAGUACAACAAAAAAGUGAUGC